ACACCAUUUAACUGUUUUUGAUUAUUAUUCAGUUGAACAGACGGAGGCUGAUCUGCUGAUUACACAAUCGGUGGACUUGAACAGGGUUUGUAUUGACGGAGGCCCGUUUUCCCUCAGAGCUCCUCACUCAAGUACGACUGAUUCACUUUAACACCCAUUUUAGAAAGCUGUUGAAACUUAACACAAUUUGCAUCAGUCGAUCGCUCACCGUGCUUAUUGAUCUGCUCAUCAGUUCACUCCUAAUCUGUCCAUUUUGGCUCAGGUUGAAGUCUUUAGAAGCCUUGUGUGCUGAACCUGCUUUGUGUAAGCAUCAAUGGCUUGUACACCGAUUUAGCCACAACAUUACAACCACCACCAGAUUUUGUGUAAGUCCUAUUUUUGUUGCAAAACCAGCUCUGACCAAUCGGGGGAUGGACUCUGGGGGGGUCCUGUGGCGUUUGUUACCAGGAUGUUGGCAGUGGACCCUUCCUGUCCUGUGCUGUUGUGGAAUGGAGCCUCAGUGGAUCUGGUUUGUUCCAGUGAAUCUCAUGGAUGGGAUUUGGAAAGUUUAGAGGUCGGAGCAGCACCUUUGUUGUGUUCCUUGAGCUGUUCCUGUGUAGUUUUUGGGCUGUGUCGGGGUGCACUGUACUGAUGGAGGAAGCUGCUGCCAGGUUUCCAGCAGAACAUUGUAACAAGAUGAUCAAUGUCAUUCACUCCACCUGUCAGUGGUUUUAAUGUGUUAGCUGAUCAGAGUUACUCUGGAAACAAACCAAUCUGCCUGAUUUACUUCCAGAAGAUACACUGAGACAUUCAGAAAAUGUUGGAUCAAUUAGUUUGUCCAAUUAGUGAAACACACACAACCUCCCUCCACACUUAUUAACUACCAGGACAUCUUUGAGUUACGACCUCCUGCGUCAGUGUAUGCCCUGAUGUUCAUCUAUUUCACUUUAACCCCUGCAAGCGUCAGAGGCUGGCUGACGUCCCUACGCCUCUCCAGCCCCCUCAUACCACACACACGCCUCCCCUGGCGCCACCAAACCAUCAAAAUCUGAUCAAUUCCGAUUGUUUUUUCUUCUCUCUGAAGACGGAUCAUCAUCAGCCCACCUCAGCUCUGAUUUGACGAACCUCCUGGGUCACGACAACGUCACCCAUUCAGCCUAUAUAAGCAGCAGAAACUUUUCGAAACACCCAGCAAAAACAAACGGACCAAGAACAGACGAGAAAAGCGCCGUUUUCCUUUUGCGUAAAAAGUGACAAGACGGUUCCAGACAUGGAGAGGUCAGUGCGGUUUGCCGUGGUGUGCGUCGGAGUGUCUCUACUCAUCUCCUGCCAUCCAGUCGAAGCCUGGUACAAGCAGUCAACCGGGCCCAGUUACUACUCGGUGGGUCGCGCCUCCGGUUUGCUGUCCGGUAUCAGGAGGUCACCGUACGUCCGGAGGUCCGAGUCUGAAGAGACGCUGCCAGACAGCGGGGAGACAGCAGGUAACAACGUGAUCACAGAGACUAACAGGCAGAUCUCCAUCCUAAAAAGCAUGUUUAAAUUUCACCUCCUGCAGGCCAUCUGCGUGAAGGACAUCUCUCCAAACCUAAAGAGCUGCGAGCUGCUGCGGGACGGGACGGGCACCUUCCAGUGCAAGGCGGACGUCUUCCUCACCCUGGACUCGCUGGACUGUCUGUCCGCCUGAGUCCCGGUCGGACCGCGCAGGAGACAGUCCUCAUCCUCCACCGAAUCAAGCGCAAAUCUGGAAGAAAGAAAUGAGGGACGGAUGAGUGUGGAGGGGGUUUGGAGGGUGAUGGCGCAGAGGGAAACCCGAUAAUUGUCGAUAAUGGACCGCUGCAGACUCUGAAUGUUCUCUCUUAUUUAAAACAAAAAAACACAUUCACAAGCAUUGAUCAGUUUUGCUUUGGUUGCAUAAACAGGAGUGUAAAAGAAAAACAAGACAAAAAAACAAAACAAAAAAACAAUGUGAGAGAAACGUUAGUUGAAACCGUUUUCUUUCCAGGUGACUUUUCAUCUUUACUGUUGAACCCCCUGACAUGUACCUGUGUUACCACAAUGCAUUAAAUGUCCAGAAAGUUGACUGCAGAGCAGAUUUCCUGGAAAGUACUUUUAUUUAUUUUAUCUAUUAAAAUGAACAAACACUG